AUGACAACACGCACCGAAAUCGACUCCCUCCCCCUCUCCCCCGCCCACAAGGCGCGUCUUUUAUGCAGACACAACCUCGUAACAACCACCUCAGGCCUCGCAGGCGACUACGUGCAAGCCAACCUCAUCGUCCUACACUCAGACUACGCAGAUGACUUUCGCAUGCUCUGCGCACGUAAUCCCGUGCCUUGUCCGAUUCUAGGCUCGACACCAGUCGGGGAUCCAAGGAGGAUAAUACCUACUUCUCCAGACGUCUCCGUCAUCGAGAAGACAGAGACAGAGGAUACAGACUUUGAUAUCAGGACUGAUAUUCCAUACUACCAUGUUUUUCGCACAAUUGAAGACGGGGACGGAGAUGAGAAGAAGAAGAAGAAGAAGAAGAAGAAGAAAGUGGUCAUAGAGACGAAAUCUGACCUCCUCUCUGACUGGACGGACCAACACAUCGCGUUUCUGAUAGGUUGCUCAUUCUCUUUCGAGCAAGCCCUCGCCCAAGCGGGUCUCAGGAUCUGCCAUCAAGAAGAUUCUAGAACGGUGGCGAUGUAUCAAACCAGCAUCCCGCUGUUGCCGGCUGGUAUAUUCCAUGGGAGUUCGUACGUGGUUAGUAUGCGGUUAUACAAACCCGGCGAAAUCGAAGAGGUCAGGAACGUGACGAGGCCGUAUCUGGCUUCGCACGGGGAACCGGUUGCUUGGGGAUGGGAUGGCGCGAAACUCAUUGGAGUGAAUGAUUUGGAUAAAGUGGAUUACGGGGAUGCGCAGGUUGUGAGGGAGGGAGAGGUUCCUGUUUUCUGGGGCUGCGGCGUAACGCCUCAAUUCGCAGUUGAAAAAGCGCUCGAACGAGACGCCAUCGCAGGGACGGUCAUGUCACAUAAACCAGGACACAUGUUGGUAACGGACUGGAAGAUAUCCGACUUUUUGGCGCAUACGAGGAGACAACUGGGUUUGAGACCGGAAGCGUAG